CCCUCGUCUCCCCUCCUUGUGUUUUAUUCCAUGUUUUCCCCAGCCCGUUAUGUCUGUCCUCCCUCUCUCCGCCUGUCUGAACCUCUGUGCACUUCCUGUUUUGCUUUGACAGUCCCUCGUCAGCAUGCGUCAUGUUGUGUUCACUCCUGCCCUGUCUCGUUAUGAUUAUCAGUGUCACCUGUGUUCCCCGUGUGCUCCCACUCCCCUCGUUAACCCUCUGUGUAUUUAUGUCUGCGUCUCCCUCAGUUCUGUGUCGCAUUCUCCCUUAUGCUGUGUGUGAUUCUCCCCGUGUCUCCUGGUAUGCAUUAUGAUUAGUUUUCCCAGUUUAGUUUUGUAUUGUUUGUGAUCUGUUUACAGCAAUAAAGCUGUUCUUUUGAGUUCAAGUUCAGUCCCCGUGAGUUUGCGUUUGGGUCCACUUCCUGCCUGCCACACAGCGAAACAUGACAGCUAUGGUACAAAAACACCACUUAGGUCACAGUGUCAGCAUUAUAAAUGAGCCUGUGUAGGUGUCAUUUCCUUCCUUUCGCACCCCAAAGAACCUUUAAAAGUUAGAACAAUUUGCUCAAGCAGAACCUGCAGAAGACAGUCUGUUCUCCAUCACUCAACAGACACAUCUGUUGUAAAUGCAGAGCUUGAAGGGAACACUUAAAAUAAGAAAAAAACUACACAACUCACUUUUUCAGACACAAUGAAAACCAUUUCAUUCAUCUCUUGCCUUUUCUAUGCAGUUUCACUAACAGAUGGAGCCAUAAUCAGUGUAGAGGGAUUUGAAGGAAGGAGUGUCUCCUUCCAGUGCUUGCACAAUAUUGCAUGGAGCAACAACAAGUAUUUCUGCAAAGAUCCAUGUACAAGCACAGGAGACAUACUGGUUACUGUAGAACCUGGCAGAAGAGCAGAGUCAGGGAGAAUAACUCUGGUGGACUCUGGGGAUGGAUCCGUCACUGUGACCUUCAGUCAUGUCCAGCUGUUAGACUCAAAGAAAUACUGGUGUGGAGUAGAAAGGCCUUUUUUUGACACAUAUACCAAGGUACAGCUUACAGUAAAGAAAGUUGUUGAAACUGAGACAGCUGUCAUACUCAACGUUUUUUCUACAUGGACAUAUCAAAAUAUCCACACAACACACUUAGUGAUUGAAGGAGGAACCCUGAAGCCCACACACCUUUCAAAAGGCACCAUCAUCUAUGCUACUGUUGGGGGUGCUAGUCUAAUCGCUGUCUUGCUGCUGGCAGUAUGGUUUGGGAAGUCCAAACAAACCUCAAAAGAAGAACUACAAGUUUACUGCAACAUUUCACACCUUAGAAAAGACAAAAAAAGAGAGGUCAGCUGUGACUUCAAUGAUGCUGAUAAGAAGACAAAGUGUAGUAAGAAGAGUUCUUGUGUCUUUACUCUCCAAAAACGACCGGAGCCACCAACAUCUGAACCCACAACAAACAAAUGUAGUGUAACCACUGAUACUGACAAUAACAUAUAUUUCACCAAACUUCCUGCACAUUCAGAAAAUUCACCCACAGAGGACCAAAAUGACUAUACUAAUAACUCUGCCAUUUACAUUAUUCCUUUGCCAGAUAUUAUGUAUGACGCAACAGAUGAUGGCACUUGUAGAGAACACAUCCCUAAUCCUUAAACAUUCAAAAAUACAGAUCGCUGUGCAAACAGUGCAUCACCUUGUGUCUCCCGUGCCCCCUGUGAAUCCAGCGAAGACGAGCCCGGAUCACGUUGGUUUGGUUUAAACUUAUCAGGAACAAAUCUGAGUUCAUCUCAAAGAGUAAUGAAAAGAAAUGUCUUCAUCUUAUUAAGCAUGUACAUGAAAUUGCACUCUCAUUGUUUCAACCACUGUUUCAGCUUCAUGUCUAUGGCUACCUGUAUUUGCAUAAAUUAACAUUCUGGUGCAAAAACCUUGUUCAUACAACGUUAACCAGAUCUGAAAUACCACUUCAUUAACACUAACACUGGUUAGUCCAGUGGGCAAAGAUUAGUCAGUGUAGUAUCCUGUGCAUUUGUGUCUGUGUUCAUGAAUAUUUUGAUUAAUACAAUCUGUGUUUUUGAGACAGCUUAAUCACCUUGUUGAUGUGGAAGUAAGCAUCUGGGUUACUUGUAUUUACUAUUUCGACCAAGUCAUACACAGAAGAAGCUCCCUGGUGUUUUCCUGCCUGCUUUAAUAGCAUCCAUUCUGUCACAGUGGUGUCUUUGUCAAGUUGCAAGAUGACCUCAUAUUUCUCGAGAAUGCUGCAAACUGUUGUGUUUCCAAAACUGUGGAGGACUUGCAUUUCCUGUGAUUAAUACAAUCUGUGUUUUUGCAGUUAGACAAAGCUUGUGAAAAAUUAUGAGCUUGUGCUCAAAAAAAAAAGAGGAGGAAUAGCGUUUUUGCAAUUUAACAUCCUAUUGAUGUGUGAUUCACAAUGAAGAGCAAAACAAAAAAAAAAGGUAUGCUUACCAUAUGUAUUCACAAUGAUAACAGUAAAUAUAUGACAAGAGAUAACUGAACACAUGACAGGUCCACUGCAAAUGUAGUUACAGUGUACUUCAGGCACAGGAGGAUACAUUUAUAACUUUGCCUAUUGGACCUAAAAAUGAUAUGGUUUAACUUUUCCACUUUCUUCUGACUGGUUUUAACAAUAUGGCCUUAGAUGACAUUUAUCACACUUACAAGACUCCUCACAAGCUCUGACCACAUUAUCAGUCAAACAUUUAUUGGUACACAUAUGCACACCAAAUGUGUUGAUUUGUCUGUGACUUCCUUGCCAAGAAGGAUGUGUUUGUGAUAAAAGUCAGAGGAAUGAACUUUCAAUUCGAACCCACUAAACCACAACUCCAAAAAACAAUGACUAAUUUCACUGACCUUUCCUGUGACAAAGACUCCUCUAUGUCUGCCAUUUGUUCUUUAAAUAACAUAAUUUCUGCCAUUUAAAGCAAAGAUGAAACCUGUUUUUAGGCCCAAACACAUAAAAAUAUUAAAAUCCUCA